AUGGAUGACUUAAAAGAAGAAGACAUAUCUGCCUCCACUGACAAGACGACAGAGAUCAACAGGACUUAUGUUAUAUCUGCAGUCAGAAAGUACGGAGGCCAAAGUAAUGGAGUUACCCCUAAAAGUCGUCUAACACUUCAGAAACGAAAAACGGGCAGCAGAGGUCAAGGUACCAGCGAACAGUCAGCACUCGAAAAUGCUGAGAAUCGAACAGAAGUCUCUGAGAAAAGAUUAACGUUACAACGAAGAACACGGACAGGUUCAAUUGACAAAAGUCUAUCAGAUACAGGGAAACUGUGCGAGGCACGGCUAUUGCAUCGGUCUAAGAUCCUGUCAGAGCCUAAUAACCGGACGCCGUCUGGUUUAACGCCGAUGCGCUCUGGUAGCCUCAGGGAAACGGGGCCUAAGACCUCUACAAAGGAAAUAAUAAAUGCUCUUUACACGCCUCGCAAAAAUACAGACAGAAUCACAAGGUGCGCUCCGACUCCGGCCUCUGAAAAACCUGGCAAGGUAGAUUCUGCAAAGACAGAUAACCAGGACAAAACAUUCUCAACUCCCACGAGACAGACUCAGUUUGAGAAAAUUAGUGUGAAGAAGGACGUAUUCGAGAGAUUAGCGAGCAAAGAUCAUACAAAAUCUGUGAUGUCAAAAUCCUCCGGUUUGGAGAAACAAAAACCAGCGCCUCAACUAAAUUUGCAGCAUGCCCAUGCAAGUGCGAGUAACAGAAAACUUCCGCUUGGCAAUCAGAACAGAGGCCUGACUCCUUUUUCGCGGUCGACACAGGUGAGACAGCACCCAUCACUAAUUAACUCUGCACAAAGUGAAGUUUUGAGCAGUACGCCCAACACGGCUACGGGCGAUACAACUGCCACUUCAGAGUCAGCAAGCCGGCAAAAGACUCAACAAACCGUUGACACCUUGAAGAUGGAGAACAGUGCAGUAACGGUGGCAGUUCGAGCGAGACCUUUCAACUCCAGGGAGAAGAAUGGAAACGCUCAUCCAGUGAUUUUUAUGCAUGACCAGGAAACCGUUGUUCAACAUCCAGAAACUAAACAGACCUACACAUUUUCAUUCGACUUCUCAUUUUGCUCCAUCGAUGAGACGGACUCUAAAUUUGCCAGUCAGCAAACAGUGUAUGAAAAAUUAGCCAGACCCCUACUGGAAAGAGCCUUUGAAGGAUUCAACACUUGUCUUUUUGCAUACGGACAAACUGGUUCUGGAAAAUCAUACACAAUGAUGGGGUUUGGAGAGGAGGCUGGAGUUACCCCCAGGUUCUGUGAGGAGCUUUUCACUAGACUGUCGCAGUCUGACAAUAAGAAGGUCUCUUUUCAGCUGGAAAUGAGCUACUUUGAAGUAUACAAUGAGAAAAUCCAUGAUUUGCUUGUAGCUAAGGAGGACCAUAACCAAAAGAAGUUACCUCUCCGGGUUAGAGAACAUCCAGUCCACGGGCCUUACGUUGCAGAUUUAUCCACGAAUGUGGUUAGCUCCUACGCUGAUAUUCAGGGUUGGCUGGAACUGGGGAACAAACAGAGAGCUACAGCGGCCACAGGCAUGAACGACAAGAGUUCCAGAUCUCACUCCGUCUUCACCCUCAUCAUGACUCAGACCACGACUGAGUGUGUGGAAGGGGAGGAACACGACCACAGAAUCACCAGUAGGAUAAACCUGAUCGAUUUGGCAGGUAGCGAGCGCUGCACCACAGCUCAGACCAGCGGAGAUCGACUCAGGGAAGGUGCGAGUAUAAACAAGUCUCUCCUAACGCUGGGGAAAGUGAUCUCUGCCCUUUCUGAGCAAGUGCAGACCAGGAAGAAACUCUUCAUCCCAUACCGAGAAUCUGUGCUCACAUGGUUGCUGAAGGAGAGUCUCGGUGGGAACUCGAAGACGGCGAUGAUCGCCACCCUCAGUCCGGCCGCCAGCAACGUGGACGAGAGUCUGAGCACCCUGCGUUACGCUCAACAGGCUCGCAUGAUCAUCAACAUCGCCAAGGUCAACGAGGACACCAACGCCAAACUCAUCAGAGAGCUGAAAGCUGAGGUGGAGAAGCUGCGAUCGGCCCAGAUGAGCUCUCAGGGCAUCGAACCGGAGAAAAUGAGACUCUUCCAGCAGGAAAUCGCCGCUCUCAAGAUGCAGCUCACUCAGCAGGAGAGGGAAAUGGCAGAGGUUCACAGAGCGUGGAAAGAGAAACUGGAACAGGCGGAGAGACGCAAACUCGAAGAGACGAAAGAGUUGCAACGGGCGGGCGUCACUUUUAAGGUGGACAAUCGCCUUCCCAACCUGGUGAACCUGAACGAGGAUCCUCAGCUGUCCGAGAUGCUGUUGUACAUGAUCCGGGAAGGUCAGACCAAGGUCGGCAAGCGCAAGUCGGAGUCAGCCCAUGACAUCCAGCUCUCAGGAGCUCUCAUAGCCGACGAGCACUGCGUAAUCUCUAACGUAAACGGAACCGUCAGCAUCACGCCGAUGAAGAACGCAAAGACCUUUGUGAACGGGCAUCUCAUUUCUGAAUCCACGGUCCUCCAUCACGGGGACAGGGUGAUUCUGGGAGGCGAUCAUUACUUCCGUUUUAACCACCCGGUGGAGGUGCAGAGCGGGAAACGUGUGUCGUGUUGGGCUGGAGCAGGAGAUGGCCAGAAGGACUUUGAGUUUGCCAAAAACGAGCUGCUUUCUGCUCAGCGAGCGCAGUUAGAAGCUGAGAUUGAAGAAGCGAGGCUGAAGGCCAAACAGGAAAUGAUGCAAGAAAUACAAGUAGCCAAAGAAAUGGCCCAGGAAGAACUGACCAAUCAGAAGCAGGAAUACGAAAACAAGAUCAAAGCUCUGGAGCAGGAGCUGGAGGAGGAGACAGGAAGGAACAGAGUGCAGGAACUGAACAGGCAGAGAGUGGCUAGCCAAAUGGAAGAGCUUCAAACCGCCAAGACGCUCCUGGAACAACAAGUCCACACGCACCAGAAACGGCUGCACAUGGAAGCCCAAGCCACCAGACAAGCAAUGGCAGACCACGCGAUACGCCACGCUAAAAUCCUACAGGCCCUGGAGGCGGAGAAAAGGAAGAUCGCUGAGGAUCUAGCGAAGAUCCAGAGAAAACAAAGCCAGAAGGAAAAACCGACUCCCAAAAGCGUGUCUCCACAGUGGGACACCAUGAAGUUGUCUCUGAUGAUUGAAGAAGCAAACAAGAUUAGCGAAAAAUUCAGGAAACACACCGUCUUCAGCAGACAUGAAGUGACGGAUGACGAGAACGGAGGUGCGGGUGGAAAGCUGAUGGUCCAGGUCCAGAACACCAAACUGGGUAUCUCCACCCUCUGGAGCCUGGAGAAGUUCCACAACAACGUGGCCGCCAUGCGGGAACUAGAGCAGGGAGACGACGUCUCUAAAGACGACGAUGUGUUUUAUGACCCUAAUGACGAAUGGGAGCCCGAUAUAUCGACCUCCUCGACCUCUGCCCUCUCGCGCAGGAGGAGCAGAAGUCUUUUGAAAAGCAGGAGGAUAUCUGGCCGUCUUUAUGAAAUUCGGGUUCAUCCCAUUCAGAGUUUAAACAACGGUUCUUCACAGGCCUCUGGUUUGAUGGGAGGGUCAAAACCCCCUUCGGUCCACGCUAGCACGUCUGACUCCGCCUUACCAGGCAUCUGCAAGGAUCUGAUUGGUGCUUGUGUUGCCCAGCUGCGUGGAUGUCAGCCCAUAGAGGAGAGCUUGGCAGACAAACUGAUCUCAGACCUGCUCUUCACACACAGUACAGUGAGGGCCAUAUCUGAUCUGUAUGAGCAGCUUGAUGACGACUGCUCAGAGAACUUGUUUGCGAGCAGUGUGGAAGCACAGAGCCAUCUGGUGAGGGUGACCUCUGCGAUAGAGAGAGCAGUCUUUCUCACUGUGCACUGGCUCUCUGACAUGAAGCCAAACACAGGGCAGACAGUGCCUGCCACGGCAGAGGACCUCAAGACCGAAGUCAAGAAAGUAGGAGGCUACUUUCAGCUCCUCAUCCAGGGCUGUGACUCUGAUAUCUCAUCUAUGGUGACUGAGGCUGUGAACAAGAUUGGCAGGUGCCUGGACACAGCUCUCAGCAUCAUCAGUCACCUGGCAGCAGUCACCGGAACCGAGCUGCACCAGACCGAGCUGAGCCCAGACGCCGUCGGCAGGAGGCCUGCUGCAGUAUCUUUGCUGGAGGGAUACCGUCGUGGUGUGCACUGUCUUUUAGAGGAGGGUCUGUGUGUAUGUAAACUGAUGCUAAAGGACACUCAGCUAGCACAGCCCAGAACCCAGGUUUUACAGAGCGUUAAAAUGAAGACGUUGGAGGUUGCCUGUGCCGUUCAGAGCUACAUUCAUUGCAAUAUGUCGGAGCGGCAAGACUCCUCUAAAGACAGUGAGGCUGAUGUGGAUGCCUCCCAGUUGCGGGAAGUACGAAACACAGCGACCAGACUGCUCCAGCUGAACCAGGCCCUUCAAAGACUUCAUUCCUUACUGUCCCAAACCCUACGAGGCAGAGGCAGUGAUGUCGGUCUUCCCCCUGUUAGAGAAGCAAUCCAGUCUUCCUCCAGAACCAUUGCUGAAGUCAUUACUGGUCUGCCCAGACAGACGGGCGUGAACCUGGACGCAACUCUUCAGCUGCCGUGCGUGAAGAGCGUCGUGUCCGCCCAUGACGACGUGCACACGGCGCUCCAGUCCCUGACGGCGCUUUUCGACCAAUCCGGCGCGGGAAGGAGGGGGUCCUCCGGUUCCGAAAGCGGCUCAACUAAAUCAGAGAACCACGCUCCGGGUCACAGCGGCAGAAACAGAACCGCCCCUAAAAUAGUGUAUACGCUUACCUCAGGGGUCACGAUGACCUCUAGGGACAUUCGCUGGGUUUAA